CUCCGACAACGGGAUUCUCCCGGGUACCAGAGCUGCAAAGCUUCAGUUUGCUUCGAAAGAUCUUGCGGGUUGUGCGUUCUAGCUAAGCGUCUGUCGAAUAUCGUUGUGCAUCGCUAAGUGAACAAAGUAUCUUCCAGCGUGACGAUGGCAUUACUGGUCCGAAUGUGUUAAUAUUUUCAAUAUUUAGGAGAAACAAAUUAGUAUUAUAUUUAACAAAAAAUCAACAAACAAUUAAAUCAUGCUGAAGAGGUGGAUUUCCUUGGCCCUGUUGCUGCCUUUGCUCCACAUUUUGAUCUCAGGAAGCGAUGCAUUACCCCGGCCACAGAAUUUGGAUGACUAUGAGCCCAGUGUAGAUUGUGGCGGGACGAAUGGAGCACCGCUGAUCACGCCCUGCUUGGAGUCCGUCCAACUGGAUUACAAGACCUCCUACACACUGAGGUGCGAGGCGGAGGAACCGGUGACCUGGUGGUAUGCCCACGACAGCGUCCUCACAGAGGAGUUCGACAACUCGGAGACAGAUCCACAGCGACCCUAUGGGGCCGGGCUGGAGCUAGUGGAUGUGACGGCGGAAAAGGUGGGGGCCUACUACUGUAUCAAGAAGUCCCAGCUGGAAAGUAGUUUGGAUAUCGAUGAGGAUAAGAUGGUGGAAUAUACGAACAAUUAUGAAGCCGUCUCCAUUUAUGUAUACGUGAAUGAUCCGAAUCACUUGCUGGUUCCCUACUCCCCAUUGGUGAUGGCACGCCAAUAUACCAGCGUGGUGAUUCCCUGCAAGCCCACGAUGCCCGACACGGAGGUUAUUCUUCAAUUCAACUCGGAAACAACUUCCAGCAAGAAAGCCAUUCGGUAUAAUCCUAUGAAGGGAUUCUCCAUAGAAAUGAACGGCAUCCUUCAGGGCGGCGAGUAUGAAUGCUUGCCUGCGGAACCCUCCCCAGACAACGAUGAGGAGAUCAAUUUCAUUACUGUGAAGUUUAUUGGUAACGAACAAAUUGAUACAUCCAGAUGGGAUAAUCCCAGUACCAAAGCACCAACAUCUACCUUAGGGUAUGAUUAUGUCGAUGAGGACGAUGACGAGGUCCCUACUACUGUUACUAACCAAUCGAAACAGGGUAAAGUAGCUCUAAUCUCUGGUGAUGGGUUUGACGGAGUUACCUCCGAUUUCGAAGCUAUAUCAUGGGAUCGGGCGAAGCGUAGUCCCGCCUCGUCGUCCUCACCUCGGCCAGGGCAGGUCAACAAGCCAAUGGGCCGGCCCGAGAUCAAAUCCAGUAUAAAUCAUCACGUCGAAAAGGACUCCUCAUUCACACUCGUCUGCGAACAGACCGACGUCAUAGAUGCCAGCUAUCACAUGGAAUGGAUUACUCCCAUCAAGGAUAUGAGUCGUCUUAUCAUUACCACUCCGAAAUUUGUCAAGACCACGAACACCACUCACCAAGUCGGUCGGGGCACACUGACGGUGGAGAAGGCCCAGCUCACGGAUAGUGGACCCUACAAGUGCGUGGUGUCUGAUGGAUUCGACACAAUCUACUCCACAUACAAGCUGAGAGUACUGAAAAUGAACGAGACCUAUCUAAGGGUGUACGAGCCUACAAAUCAUUACAGUGUAGAAGGAUAUUCGAACAAGACUAUUCAGAUGACAGCUAACUUUGAGGGAUAUCCAAUACCCACCUUCUACUGGCAUAAGCCCGAUGGAAGCGAUAUCCAUCAGACGGAGCCCAAGUUCAAAAUAAUCUCAAGGGAGUCUAGCACCACACUGCAGAUCCUCAAUGCCCAGCUGGAGGAUAGCGGCACCUAUGUCCUGCGAGGAGAGAAUAUCUACAACACGGUCAACCGCCAGUACAACGUUAGUGUCAAAUCCGGACCUGUUGUUAGCGUUUCAGAUGUCUACGUCCAGGUGGGCGGAGAGGCCAAACUGGAGUGCUACGUCCGGGGCCAUCCUCUGCCAAUAGUCUCCCUCAAUUUCUACUCCUGCAGUCUGCAGCCUCGCUGGCCCAAUUGCGAAUAUGCCAGAGAGAAUAUUGAUCUCACCUCCAAGAUGAGGCCCGGCAGACUCAGUGUGGAAACGAUCUAUGAGGCUAUCUUCACUCCCACCAAGCCGGGCAUCUUCAGUUGCGCAGCCAUGAAUUUAGUGGAUGGUCAAAAUUUCUCAGCAAUUGCAAGGGCCCACGUAAUGCUGGGCGACAUUCCCAGCAACAUGACUAUACACGGUCUGGAUUUAAAUCGAAAGAUUGCCAGAGGCGACGAGGAGAACUUCACCUGCGAGGCCCUGGCCUAUCACUUCAAUGGCGAUCUCAAGUGGUAUCACGACGGCGAAGAGCUGGUCGAAUCCGAUGAUGUUAAAAUUAUAAGGACUGUGAGUCAGUAUUCCCACAAGAGCACUGUCCAUUUUUCGGCAAUCGGCGACCGAGAUCGGGGAACCUACGAAUGUCGUGCUCACCACAUCCAUCGUCCUUCCGAAUACGAUCGUCGGGAGGUGGAUGUCUAUAUCCACGAGCCGAAGGCGCCGGUGUGGCAGACACCCAAUAUCCCCAAGAAAUUGAAAAUUGAAAGGAAACUGAGUCAGUCCUUGGAGCUGGAAUGUCGCUCCACAGCCGUUCCCCUGGCUACGGUUCGUUGGUUCAAGGACGACAAGGAACUGGUCGAAACGAAUCUUACCCACAUCCUGGAGGAUGAGUCCAAGCUGUUUAUUAGCCAUCUGUAUCCUCGCGACGACGGGGUCUACACGUGUCAGGUGGAGAACCGAUUGGGCAAAAUCGAGAAGUCCGUGACUGUGAUCAUAACUGACCUUCCUGGCAUCAACAAGGGAUGGGUGUGGUUCGGUAUAAUCAUGUUCCUGUUCCUGGUCAGCCUAUGCGCCUUCCUUGCCGUUCGCUACCACAAGGAGCACAAGCGGCACCUGGCCCUGAAGGCCGCCGGCCUGGCCAACUUUGAGGAGGGCGCCGUGGCACACAUCAAUCCAGAUCUGACCCUGGAUGAACAGGCGGAGCUGUUGCCCUACAACCGCGAGUUUGAGUUUCCGCGGGACAGCCUGAAGCUGGGCAAGCAGCUGGGAGCCGGCGCCUUCGGAGUGGUGCUUAAGGGCGAAGCGACGGGCAUCCGGAAGGAGGAGAGAUGCACCACCGUUGCCGUAAAAAUGGUAAAACGCACGGCGGACGAUGAGGUGGUACGGGCUCUUGUCUCCGAGCUGAAGAUCAUGGUUCAUUUGGGCCAGCACCUGAACGUGGUCAACCUUCUGGGAGCUGUUACCAAAAAUAUUGCCAAACGAGAACUUAUGGUCAUUGUGGAAUACUGCCGCUUUGGCAACAUCCAGAACUUCUUGCUGAGGAAUCGGAAAUGCUUCAUUAAUCAGAUUAACUCCGAAACAGAUCAUAUCGAUCCCAGCAUAACGAUCCAGAGGGAGUCAGAGAACUUCGACCUGCAUCGCGAUGCGAAUGGUGGUGGUGGCUUGAAGUAUGCAAAUAUUGGGUUCCCACACCACUCCUAUAUAAAUCACAUGAACUCGGUGUACAACAAUAACACGCACUCAUCGCCCCAUCGCAGAAACUCGGACAAUGAUCCCCGCUCGGGCACCCGAGCCGGACGGACAGUUACCGGCAAUGCAACCUACAGCUACGAUCGGCAAAUGGACACCUGUGCCACAGUGAUGACCACAGUUCCGGAAGAUGACCAAGUAAUGUCCAAUAAUUCUGUCCAGCCGGCCUGGCGAUCCAAUUAUAAAACCGACGUCACAGAGGCCAUGCCGGUAACGACCGUCGAUCUGAUCAGUUGGGCCUUCCAAGUGGCCCGAGGCAUGGACUACCUGUCCUCCAAGAAGGUCCUCCACGGCGAUUUGGCCGCCAGAAACAUUCUCCUCUGCGAAGACAACGUGGUUAAGAUCUGCGACUUUGGCCUGGCCCGGUCCAUGUACCGAGGAGACAACUACAAGAAGUCAGAAAGCGGAAAACUGCCCAUCAAGUGGCUGGCGCUGGAAUCCCUAUGCGACCACGUCUUUAGCACCUACAGCGAUGUCUGGUCCUUUGGCAUUGUCCUCUGGGAGAUGUUCUCACUGGCGAAGGUGCCGUAUCCGGGUAUUGAUCCCAAUCAGGAGCUCUUCAACAAGCUGAACGAUGGCUACCGCAUGGAGAAGCCCCCAUAUGCCAACCAGGAGCUCUACGAGAUCAUGCUGGAGUGCUGGCGAAAGAAUCCUGAGAGCAGACCGCUCUUUAAUGCGCUGGAGAAACGCUUCGCCAACAUGCUGGGUGAAGAUGUCGCCAACCACUAUUUGGACCUGAACAACCCAUACAUGCAGAGCAACCUGGAGUAUAUGAAGAAGCAGGAGACCGAUUACCUCGCCUUGAUGGGUUCCCCGGACGAGGUGGCACCCUCGGCCCCCAGCUAUGUCAACGGACGCAUAGUGCCCGAUAUUCGCAUUGAAUCCGUGCCGGACGACUACCAGGCGAUGAGCCCCGACCAGGACUCCGAUAGCGAUGCCUGCACUGCCAUAUUCUCGCAAUCGCGCCCGGAAGACGGGUCAUCCGACUUUCCGGACUUUUCAAGCGAAACGACUUUCAAUUUUCCAGCAGGAUCGCGGCAAUCGCCGACGUUAAGUAACAACAUGAACAAUGGGGCGAGUAAGUUGCUCCGCAAGAAGAACGGUAUUCCCACCGUGGAUGCGGCGGACCAGGCGCCCGAGGAGAUUCCCAUGCUGCAUCGCCAGUCUGGCGGUUCGGACGAUGGUCCAGAUCCGACAAGGAGAUUCAAUCAAACUCUGAAACAGCACUAUGCCACUCCCACGCCCACGCCCUCGCCCCGCCAUCACGUGGAAACGAAACUGAAUGGCGAAUUCUCCGGCUCCGCCGCCGAGAACUACGUGAACGUGAAGCCACCUAGAAAAAAUAUUCCCGGAAAGUCCCCAGUCGCCGGAGCGUCAACAGAUGCCUUCUCAAAUCCGGGAUACCAGCCACUGUCCAGCGCCAGCGAAAAGGAACAGCGAAGAUAUUAGACUAUAGGAUUAUCCUUCGCAGCUCCUUUGAGGUCUCGUUAAAGGUUCAGUUGGAAAAAAAAAAACACAAAACCAAAAUAAUCAAUUAAAAAUUAAUACUGUUUUUAUUUUGUCAAUGUAAAUGAAUAGAAAUUACUCGUAAAAAUGUUAUUGUUAAAUCAAAAAUUACAAAUUCAACCUUCAUGUGAUCACUUCACCUGAACUGAAAAGGAGGCCUUUAGACAACAAUACUACUUAGUGGCAUUGUUUAGAUUCUGAUAUAGCUUUAAGAGCACACAACCCCCACUCCCACACCCACAUCCACUCAAUCGAUGUAAUACACUUAUUAAUGCCAUUUCAUGUCUAUGUUUAGGGUCUAGACUAAGUUACUUAUCUAUUUAAUUAAUUGUCUUAAACUGUGUAUGCGUGUAUGUACAUAUAAACCUACGAUUACUCAAAUAUAAUGGGUAUACUAUUAA